AAAUUUCAACUAGACAGAAUUGGUUUCGCGAUUCCGGCGCUAAGUUUUGCUUUGCAUCCAUGAACGCUAAAUUCAUUUGUAAUUAAAUUAUUUGCAUUAAUUUUAUGAUUACAAGCUAAACUCGUUGGCUCGGAAAGUUUUUAAUAAGUAAACAAGUUAUUUAUUGUAAUCCUUUUUGGAAAGAUUUUGAAAGAUAAUGAAUCAAAUUUAUUGCGAACCACGAGAAACACCCGAAAAGUCACAUCACCUAAAAAAUAUGCGACCAUACGAAGACGAUGUCAUGCCGCCUCCCAUUGUUGAAGCGUUUAUUCCCUGUCAAGAACUUGAACAUGAGACACUAUCAAACUCUGCAAUUGGCGACAAAAUGAGUGUGACUUCAUUUCAACAAACGGAACAAGAAUAUAUAAUAGACAAAUCCAUUCAAGAUCUCAGAAAGUUUUGUGACGAAUUUGAUGAUUUCGUAAAGAGCUCGAAGUUCAUCCUUGAGAAAGGAUUCUCUAGUAAAAUUCAUAAAAUUCUUCAAAAACGUCUAAGAAAUAGUGUUACUGAGCUUCUGAAUAUUCAACGCCAAAUAAAAUCUAUCAUGGACGGAAUAAAGGCAGUUCAGAUGAAUAUUGUUGCUGUAAAGUCAAACAUAGAGGAUCGUAAAAAGCAGAUUUUCGAUCUUAUGGCGGAGGAACAAUGGAGAAGAUUCUCUUCGUAUGAUUUAUGCAAUGGAGGCAAAGUUAGAAGUGCUAAUAAUGCACAAGAAUGUUCUUCAGAUGAACAUGAGGAGAGUCAUUCGUCGUAUUGUAUAUCAUCAUCGCCGAGCAAAUCUUCUUUCUAAAAUGAUGUUGCAGUGAGAAAGUUUGAGAAGUAUCGAUAUGGGUAUUCCAUGUAAUUAAACUUUUCCUGCUGAAACAUAUAUUGAGAGAGAGGUUUCCAAUAAAUUAUGAGCACCGUCGAGCUUAUUUAAGCUUAA